AUGCCCAAUGAAUGCUCCCUCCAGGAUCCGAUGAUUACAGGGCAGCUGAGCAAGCCGCUGCUCUCCCUGCGCAGCAACAUGAGCGCGGCAGAACUCCGGGCGGACGACAAAGCGGCCACCCCAGACAGCGAGCUGAACGACGAGCCCCUGCUCCUGCCCUCCGAGGCCACGGACAGAGAGGGCACUCCCAACAAGCUCUACGGAGCUCGUGACGGCUCGGUCCAGUCCGAUGCUAGCAGCAGUCCGUCAGAGCAGAGUCAGCUGGGCCAGACUCAUCUAGGAUACCCAAUGGGUCCACAGUCUCUCCUGGUGGCUCAGCAGCUGGCCAACGCAGUAGGAGGCGUGAUGUCCGGGGCGGCGCAGGGCAUGAACCAGCCCAUCCUCAUCCCCUUCAACGCAGGUGGACACCUGGGUGGGCAGCAGGGCCUGGUCCUCUCCCUGCCCACCGCCAACAUCCAGAGCCUGGUGGCUGCUGCUGCUGCAGGGGGCAUCAUGACGCUCCCGCUCCAGAACCUGCAAGCUACCUCAUCACUCAACUCCCAACUCCAGCACCUGCAGCAGCUCCAACAGAUGCAGCAGCACCACCACCAGCAGCAGCAACAGCAGCAUCAUCAGCAACAGCAGCAGCAGCAACUCCAUCACCAACAGACCCACUCCCACGCCCAGAGUCAACUGUCAUCCCAGCAUCACAUGACCCAGUCCAACCAGCAGCAGCAGACCUCGGUCCCGUCUCCGGGCUCCACCUGCUCCUCCAGCUCUGGACAGCCGCAGCACUCUCCACCACACCGACCCAACCAGUCGCCGGCACGCAGCCUCCCUUCUCCCGUCACCCCACCCAUGCCUUUGUCGCUGAAUCCUCUGGCCAGCCAGGCGGCGGUAGCAGCAGCAGCAGCAGCCAUGGGUUCAAUCGCUGGUUCUCAGGUGUUUGGCAACGCCCUGUCAAACCUGCAGGGAGCCACCGGGCAGCUGGUCACCAACGCACAAGGACAGAUAAUUGGAACAAUCCCACUGAUGCCCAACUCUGCAGGGCCCUCCAGCCAAUCAGGGGGUGGCAACCCGGCACUGCAGGUACAGCCAAUUACACCUCAGCUUCUGACCAACGCUCAAGGCCAGAUCAUCGCCACGGUGAUCGGCAAUCAGAUUCUGCCUGUCAUCAACACCCAGGGAAUCACACUGUCACCAAUCAAGCCAGGACAGCAGCUGCCUCAGGCUCAGCAGAGUCAGACCGGCCCUGUAUCGUCUCAGCCCAACCUGCUCCACAUGCCCCACAGACAGAGUCCUCUCCACCAGGCCUCUUCCUCCUCCUCCACCUCCUCCUCUUCCUCGGCUCUCAGCGUGGGGCAGCUAGUCAGCAACCCGCAGACCGCCCCCAGCGAGGUGGACGGGGUCAACCUGGAGGAGAUCCGUGAAUUCGCCAAAGCUUUCAAGAUCCGCCGGCUGUCGCUGGGCCUGACACAGACCCAGGUGGGCCAGGCGCUCAGCGCCGCCGAGGGGCCGGCCUACAGCCAGUCCGCCAUCUGCAGACACACCAUCCUGAGAAGCCACUUUUUCCUACCACAGGAAGCCCAAGAGAACACUAUAGGUAGCAGUCUGACAGGCAAACUGAACCCUGGCCUUUUAUAUCCUGCCAGGUUUGAGAAGUUGGACAUCACCCCUAAAAGCGCCCAGAAGAUUAAGCCCGUUCUGGAGCGCUGGAUGGCCGAGGCUGAAGCCCGCCACAGAUCCGGCAUGCAGAACCUGACUGAGUUUAUCGGCAGCGAGCCUUCAAAAAAACGCAAGCGGAGAACCUCUUUCACCCCGCAGGCGCUGGAGAUCCUCAACAGCCACUUUGAGAAGAACACGCACCCCUCCGGACAGGAAAUGACGGAAAUAGCCGAGAAGCUGAACUAUGAUCGGGAGGUUGUGCGUGUCUGGUUCUGCAACAAGAGACAAGCGUUGAAAAACACAAUAAAGCGUUUGAAAUCGCCCGAACUCGGCGCGGCCGCACCAAUGGACCCGCUCACCGAUUCUCUAGAGGAGCUCCCGAAGUGA